AUGUCGAAGCGCGACAUCGUCUUCACCAAUGUUACCGUUGUCCAGCUACUGCGACAGCCAUGCCCAGUGGCCAGACCACCACCACCACCGCCACCACCGGAGCCCAAGAUUGAGGCUGAGCCAGAGCCCCCACCUGAGCCCCAAGUAGUCGCUGAGGAGCCUGUCGAAGAAGAGCCACCGCCACCGCCACCCCCACCCCCGCCACCCCCACCCCCGCCACCCCCACCGGUUCAGAAGCAGUUGAUUGUUGGCAUCAAUGGAUUUGGACGCAUCGGCCGCCUGGUGCUGCGUGCCUGCAUGGAGAAGGGCAUUAAGGUGGUGGCGGUGAAUGACCCCUUCGUUGACCCAGAAUAUAUGGUGUACAUGUUUAAGUAUGAUUCCACCCACGGCAGAUACAAGGGCAGUGUGGAGUGCAAGAACGAACGGCUGGUCGUGGACAAGCAAGAGAUCACUGUUUUCCAUUGCAAGCAGCCCAAAGAAAUCCCCUGGAGUUCAGUGGGGAACCCCUAUGUGGUUGAGUGCACAGGCGUGUACCUCUCUUUAGAGGCAGCUUCGAACCACAUCACGGCGGGGGCCAAACGGGUGGUCAUCAGCGCACCCUCACCGGACGCACCCAUGUUCGUCAUGGGUGUCAAUGAAAAGGACUAUAACCCCAACAGCAUGAAGGUCGUCAGCAAUGCGUCCUGCACCACCAAUUGCCUGGCCCCCCUGGCCAAGGUCAUCCAUGAGACAUUUGGGAUUGUGGAAGGACUGAUGACCACAGUCCACUCCUACACAGCCACCCAGAAGACCGUGGAUGGGCCCUCAAAGAAGGCCUGGCGAGAUGGGCGAGGCGCCCACCAGAACAUCAUCCCAGCCUCCACAGGGGCUGCCAAGGCCGUAGGCCAGGUCAUCCCGGAGCUGAACGGGAAGUUGACAGGCAUGGCAUUCCGAGUGCCAACCCCAGACGUGUCUGUGGUGGACCUGACCUGCCGCCUGGCCAGGCCGGCCCCAUACAACGACAUCAAGGAGGCUAUCAAAACGGCCGCCAGGGGGCCCCUGGCUGGCAUCCUUGCCUACACUGAGGAUGAGGUGGUCUCCUCCGAUUUCCUCACGAACCCCCACUCCUCCAUCUUUGAUGCCAAGGCCGGCAUAGCUCUCAACGACAAUUUCGUGAAGCUCAUUUCCUGGUAUGACAAUGAAUACGGUUACAGUCACCGGGUGGUCGACCUUUUGAACUACAUGUUCAACCAAGAGAAGUGACAAGACAACAGUCAGCCCCCUCCACCCGCACCCCCAACCCCCCUUUCAUCCCUCCUUACUUCCCUGGUGACCUGCAUCAUCUCCCCUUCUCACCCCGGCUCCCGGGAGGGAAGGUGGGCACCGUA